AUGUCCACGGCUCGCCGUCUGGUCGCCGUCUGCCUCCAGCGCGUCUGCUCGGUCGGGCGUGUAGAGGGAGACCCUGAAGGUCAGACCGAUGAGGAAGCACAGGGGCAGCAAGAGCAGGUGAGGAUGCAAGCGGAGGAGACUCACCAAAUCAUGGGGAAAUGGAGGAACUUCGCCGCAGCUAAGAUCCGAACCACGGGAUCACCAAGACAACAGCAUCCUAACCAGAUUGUAGUCACUGGAGCGGAGCAGGAUAUAGCGACACUCCUUCUGACCGUCAUGGAGGACCAGGAUGGUGUAGUAGCGAAUCAGUGGCCCUAG